AAAACAAAAAAAAAAACUAAUUUAGAAAGAAAUAAUAAUUGUCAAUAAAAAUUUUCCAAUUGUAGAAAAUUUGCAGUGAUUAGCGUAACAGAUUGUUAUGAUUGUUAAUAAUAUGCGAAAGUGAUUAAAAAAUUGAUUGGAUUGUUCUUUCUUGUCCAAUUAUCAAUAUAGCUAAUUUUGCUGUUGUGUUAGAUUUUAAUCUGCUCUUUUACUUAUACUGUGAAAAUAGCUUAUUUCAGCUGAAAGUAAAACUACCCACAAAUUGUUACGUUUGUUGACGAAAUAAAAAUUAUGAGCAUUGAUGCAACGGCUUUACCCUCAGAGCUAUUGGUAGCACCACAACCUUUAAUCGGGUUCUGUGGACUGGAUACGGCCAGAAAUGCAGUGCAUAAAACAAUUUGGGACGGUUUCAGCAGUAACCGCAAAGCAGACAGAGCUGCAGUUCAGUAUAAACUGUUGCCCUCCAACUAUGACUUCCCGGCAGUGAAACCAAAAAGAGCUUCCUAUGACCGAUAUUAUCCCAAGGGUAUUUUGAAACGUAAUUGGAUGCUAAAACAUUUACAUGUGAUACCAGCAGUGGUAGUUUUAUUUCAGGAUAUGGAUUGGAAUGAUGCACAGUGGCAGGAAAAGCAAACCCAAUGUAUAGCCACAUUGCAAGCGCUUAAAAACGCCUUACAGGAACGUAAUACUCGCCUCUGUUUGGUGUUAUUACAAAAAUCAGCACCUUUGCCGCCAAGUGAAGACGCUUUAGCAGCGGAAAAAGGGGCGAGUCUAACAACGGCCUGCGGUAUUAAUAGCAAAAUGUUGUUUAUAUUGCCACACAUCGAGCAUUUGCAAGGCUGCACUAUGCGCUUAGAAGCAGCGUUUCUUGAUAUGGCUCAAAGCUACUACGCUCUUAUGUCUAAACGUAUACGAGCUCAUAGAGAUCAAUUGACUGCGGCUCAUGUGACUCUCAAAAUACGUCAUCAAUUUAAGCUGGGUUUUGUAGCAGAAAUAAGACAAGAUUUAAGCACAGCAUUAAAACAUUAUACACAAUCUUAUGCUACUUUGGAUGAAAUACGCAUUACUGAUGCGAACUGUUUGGAGAUUAAAACAAUUGCUGGUUUCCUCAAUUACAAAAUUUGCCGUUUAAUGUUUAAGCUGAAAGUUCCCAGGGAUUCCAUCAAUCAUUUUAUGAGUCACAUUGAGAAGUACAAAAAUCGGGUCGGCUCUAAAGAUUUGAUAUUUGAACAUUACGCCUGGUUAAGUACACAAGAAAACGUUUUUGCUGAAUUAUUUUGUGAAGCCAUUAAAAAUGGUUUGCCUGCUUUGCAGACACAACAUCCAGGCAUGUAUUAUAAUAAAGCUGCUGAGUAUAUGCAAAAACGAAAAGAAGCCUUCAAACAAAGCAAUCCUACGCCAUCAAGUCCAAUGGAAUCAAAGCAAAAAUUAAAUCUUCAAAAUAAUAAUAUUACGUCAUUAUUUACGGAAUAUUUUGGCAUUAGAGCUGUUAAAGCCGGUGAACCGCAAACCGAACAACAAGUCAAUUGUAUUAUUAGAGAAAAUGAAGAAAAUUUCAAUCAUUCAGCUGCCAUUAUUAAUUUGCUAAGUCAAGCUAUGACUCAAUUUAAGAUAUACAAAUGCUUAAGAUUUCGGAAAAAACUAGCAAUAGACACAGCAGAUGAAUAUUUAGAAAGUGGUGAUCAUAGCAAAGCUUUAACCUUAUAUUCACUUAUGCUGCCCGAUUAUCGUCAGGAUAAAUGGUCAACAAUUUUUUCAGAUGUUUUAUCGAGAACGUUGCGAUGUUCGUUCCUAUCGGCGGCCAUAAAUGAUUACGUCUCGUGUAGUUUAGAAGUUUUAUCAUUGAAAGUUAACUAUAAAUCAAGUGAACGCAUUAUAGUAUUGGAAAAUCUAUGGAAAGUGCUGCAGGGAGAGCCACCACUAGCUCACAACCAGAAAGUUCCCGUAUUACGUUCGGCUUGGGAGGAAAAUUUAGCUAAAGUGAAAUCGCCUAUACAUGUGGAUUUGGAUAAACUAACUGAUUUAGUUGACAUGUGCGCUACGUUUGAACAAAUCGAAUUGAAACAUGACGAAACCAUAUGUUUAAAUCUUAUAUUAAAAUUACAAACGGAUGUGCCCUUGAGAAUACGCAAUCUUUAUGUUUUAAUAACGGAUGGGGCAAAUAGCUUUAAAUUAUCUGCUGAGCAAUUCUCUACCUGCGAAGAUAUGGUUCACUUAAGGCAAUCGAAGAAUGAAGUGAAAGCUAUUAACAAUUAUCAGCAAUUCGAAGGAAAUAUGAAACUUCAACCCGGCUUGUAUUAUAAAUUUUUAUUUAAAACAGAUGCAGAACAAUUUCUAGAAAAUACUCAGUUGCGUGUGCUGCGCUUCGAGGUUCUCAUUGGUACCGAUAAGUUAAUGCUUUUGUUAACUAAAUCAUGUUUAUACAAGCGCUGUGAAUUUCGUCACUAUAGUCGUACUCGUGAUUUGGAUGAUAAUAUCAUAAUUAAUCCAAUUUGUUAUAUUACUCCCACAUUCCAUUUAGUCACGCAAUGUAACUUAGGUUCUGAAAUUAUGCUUGUGAAUGAAUUCUAUCCGGUUGUUACAACAAUUAAUAAUCCCUAUAACGUAUUUCUGGAAAGUGUGACUUUAAGCAUUAAUGUACCACCACAUUUGAAAAAUAAAGUAUUUUUAGCUACGGAUAUAGCACCAAGCAAGCAAAAGUUGCAUUCGAAUAUACAAAUCGAUAUCGGCGAAAUGGCUAUGCAAACUUCAAAUAUCGCUUCCUAUUUUGUCUAUAGUUUGGUCGAGAUUGCGAUAACAUUGCAGCAGAAAAUUUGUUAUACAACUGGAAUACUGAAGCCGAAAGUGAAUACGGCGAUAGCUGUUAAUGACGUAACAACGCCUACUAGCGCGGACGAUUCGCCCGAGACGACAAAAGUAUUAACGGCGAAUAGCUUGUCACCCGCAGUUACGUUGCCGAUAGUAAGUCCGGUGCAAUUAGAAUUCAUCGAUGAAAAUAGUAUAAGGAAAAUUCAGGAUACAAUCUUAAGCGUUAAUUGUAAAGAAGAAUUUAAGUUUAGCGGACACUUUUAUACGCUGAGCAGGAAGCCAUUAACGAAAGUGUAUCGAGGUGAGAAUUUCCUAUUGCGCGCUGGUGUAGAAGUGAAAACCAGUAUCGAACUGGAUAUUAUCGAAACUUUUUUCAUAUGUGAUCAUAAUUUAGUGCAAUCAACAUAUAGUUUUAAGCGUAAGAAAUUCACUAACACGUAUCGGUGUGGUGAAAAUGUCGAAGAUGUGAUAGUUUUACGUACCAAUGCGAACGCAGAUGAAUGGUUAAUAGCUAAGGAUUAUGAGCGCAAUAAAAGCGAAACGAUAAGCACUCAUAUAUUUAAUCGUUUGCGAAGUUCUCGAAAACAUUUAACAAGAACAGACACUAAUACUACAGGGGUAACCACCUCAGUCGGCGGCAAUACAUCGAUACCUCAUUUUAGUAAAUGUUUGGUCGGAAAAAUACCAACAAAUAUGACAAUAAUCCAUAGUAACACUGCCCUGAAUGCCGCCAAUACAUUAAUGAUGUCCAGUCAAAACUCUAAUAUGAGCACAUCAAGUACAUCAGAUGAUGGUAAAACAGCGAACAAUAAUAGCAUAAACACGGAAGAUGCGAACAUGUUGCCAGCGCCUAUGAAGCCUCUUAACACACGAGUAAUAUACAAUAAGACGAUAGAUGCGUUACAAGCUACCGGUCAUUUAAGAGGUUUCAUUAAAGGAACAAUAUUAACAGAUGGUAGUCAACAGCAGCAACAAUCGCAACAAUCGCAACAAUCGCAACAACAAUUAAUUACACAAAGUCCGACAUUACUGUUUGGCAUUUAUUGCAUUAAAUGGCAUCGUUGCGGUAGCAAAGAAGAGAAUGAAACUAAAUUUAUUAUACCGGGUUUGCCUAUAAUCGAGCCACCGCUCAACAUAUAUUGUAGCAUAGAGGAGCGUGCUUAUGUCAAAAUGCCAAUGACCUUCAAAAUAACUUUUAAAAAUUCGACCGCAAAAGUUAUACAUUUAAUAGCCACUUUAAUCAUUAACAAUUCAGAUUCAUUUAUAUGUUCCGGUCACAAACAGCUUGAUGUCUCAAUAUUUGCCUUCAGCGAGAAAGAGUUGAUCUUCAAUUUGUAUCCGCUGGUAGUGGGUUGGCAUAAUUUGCCACAAUUCGUAUUAGAAUAUAAUACGCAAUCGGAUCCGACCAAGGACGAGGCACAAAAUAAUUUACUUAACGAAUUGGUGCAACGUUCGGUGCCCAAAAAAGUAUUCAUAUCGCCUCCUUUAAAACAACAAAAUAAAUGAAUAAAAUACUGA